AUGAUUUCUACAUCUUUUCUUCUAUUACUUGUCGCCAUUUUGGCUUGUCUUUUCCUUGAAACCGAAGCCCAAUGGGGAUACGGUGGAUAUGGAAUGGGAGGAUACGGAAUGUAUGGAGGAGGAUUCGGAUGGAGUAAGUUCUUUCCCAAUUCGUUGCAGAAAUAAUAUUAUUGUUAUUUUCAGGACGCCGAAUGUGGGGAAUGGGAUAUCCAUAUGGUGGAUAUGGUGGAUAUUACGGAUGGGGAAAGUAA